GAACUCCCGAAGCAGCUUCCUCCUCCCUGCCAGCGGGGGCAGCGGUCUGGGACUGGCAGCACCCGGUUUACUACACACCCCCAGACUGGUGCGCGGGAACCCCCAGCUGGCUCGCUCUGUGGUGGGUGUGAAGCUGCCUCCCCGGGACCAGGUCUCUGGCCCCUCCCCAGGACAAUGUCACAGCCUCUCUGACCCAGGAGCAGGGGCCUGCAGGGGUACCCAGAAUGGGCUGUGUGUUCUGCAAGAAGUUGGAGCCAGGGCUCAAGGAUGACACUGACCUGGAAGGGAACUUCAGGGACUAUGGGGCUGCAGACCGAUAUGGUCCUGAUCCCACACAAGCCCGGCCUGUGUCCUCCGUUGUCCACAUCCCCAAUUACAACAACUUCUCCACUCAGCACACCAGCCCUGCCUUCCUUGAUGGGUGCAAUGCCAGGGGUGUCUCAGGGCCUGGGGUGACCCUAUUCACUGCUCUGUAUGACUAUGAGGCCCGGACAGAGGAUGACCUCACAUUCACCAAAGGCGAGAAGUUUCACAUCCUGAACAACUCUGAGGGUGACUGGUGGGAGGCCCGGUCCCUCAGCUCUGGACAGACUGGCUACAUUCCCAGCAACUACGUGGCCCCUGUGGACUCUAUCCAGGCUGAAGAGUGGUACUUUGGAAAGACUGGAAGGAAGGAUGCAGAGAGACAGUUGCUCUCCUCAGGCAACCCCCAGGGGGCCUUUCUCAUACGCGAGAGUGAGACCACCAAAGGUGCCUACUCCCUGUCUAUCCUGGAUUGGGACGAGACCAGAGGCAAUCAUGUGAAGCAUUACAAGAUCCGAAAGCUGGACAUGGGCGGUUACUACAUCACCACGAGGGCUCAAUUCGACUCAGUGCAGGAGCUGGUGCAGCAUUACAUGGAAGUGAACGACGGUCUGUGCCAUCUGCUCACUGUGGCUUGCACCACCAUGAAGCCACAGACCCUGGGCCUGGCCAAGGAUGCCUGGGAGAUCAGCCGAGACUCCAUUGCACUGGACCACCGGCUGGGCACCGGCUGCUUCGGGGAUGUGUGGCUCGGCACGUGGAAUGGCACCACAAAGGUAGCAGUGAAGACGCUGAAGCCAGGCACCAUGGCUCCUAAGGCUUUCCUGGAGGAGGCGCAGAUCAUGAAGCUGCUGCGGCACGACAAACUGGUGCAGUUGUACGCGGUGGUGUCGGAGGAGCCCAUCUACAUCGUGACUGAGUUCAUGUGCCAUGGGAGCUUGCUGGAUUUCCUCAAAGGCCAGGAGGGUCAGGGUUUGAAUCUACCUCAGUUGGUGGACAUGGCAGCCCAGGUGGCUGAGGGUAUGGCCUACAUGGAGCGCAUGAACUACAUCCACCGGGACCUCAGGGCAGCUAACAUCCUGGUGGGAGAGCUGCUGGUGUGCAAAAUUGCAGACUUUGGGCUGGCCCGUCUCAUCGAGGAUGAUGAGUACAACCCCCAGCAAGGGGCCAAGUUUCCCAUCAAGUGGACAGCCCCAGAGGCUGCCCUCUAUGGCAGAUUCACCAUUAAGUCUGACGUGUGGUCUUUUGGGAUCCUGCUUACUGAGCUCAUCACCAAGGGCCGAGUCCCCUACCCAGGAAUGAAUAACCGGGAAGUGUUGGAACUGGUGGAGCAUGGCUACCACAUGCCGUGUCCCCCUGGCUGUCCAGCAUCACUGUACGAGGCCAUGGAGCAGACCUGGCGCCUGGACUCAGAGGAGAGGCCCACCUUUGAAUACCUGCAGUCCUUCCUGGAGGAUUACUUCACCUCCACAGAGCCCCAGUACCAGCCAGGAGAUCAAACAUAGUCUGUUUGGGUAGCAACCACUUCUUUGGAGGUACCCAUGGCCUCUUGCAGCCCUCAGAACCCACAGGUGUAAAACCUCUUAGAGUCCUAGCAUGUCAGAGGGAUCAGGUUGUUCUCAUGUCAUGGAAGCAAUAUGAAAGCCAUUUUCUUUUCCUUUUUUAAUUUAGCCAGAGCACUGCUCAGCUCUGGUUCAUGGUGGUACCAGGGAUUGACCCUGGAACCUUGGAGCCUCAGGUAGAAAAGUCUUCUGUGUUCUCAGCCCAAGCCAGUCAUUUUAAAGAUGGAACAAAUCAAGGCUCAGAAAUCAUUUCGUAUUGUCUCUGACUCCUGCCCCAAGCACUAUCUCUCCCCUUUUUACUUAGCCACUCCAUGCCUAUGACCUCCUUCUCUUGCCCCCCCCAAGAAAUGCUGAGAACUUGCCUAGUUAUUUAUGAAACUAUAUAUCCUUUCCCUCACUUGUCUCCUUCACCUCCUUCCCUAUCCCAUUGUCCACCAUGACUCAGGCUCCUAGAAUUUACCUCCCACUCAGUUCUCUCAUGUCUGUAGGUUAUUUGGAUAUGGAAAUCUCUGCUGGACCCCUUUAUUUCUGGGUGUUAGGGUUCAAGACAGGGGUGUAAGCCCAGGAUCAAGAGAGCACAUUUCUCUUAAUCAUGUGUGUGUUUAUUGAUUUUUGUAAAUAAGAAAAUGACAGUAUGAA